AUGCAUUUGCGGAAUGACUGCCUUCGGAAUAUAAAUCCUUCUGAUAUUGACAUUAAAAGGGAGAUCAGUCGCUCGGAAGCCUCGACGAUCUAUGAAAUACAGCUAUGUCGGAAGACAUACACUAUGAAGCUCUUCCAUGACAAUGACGACCUACGAUACAGCAAGAAAGGCCGGGAUCUGAAUCGGUUCCGCUGCGAAUUAAACGCCCAUCACAAUCUCCACAACGUCGGUUUUUGCGAUCGCGGAUUUGUUCCGGCUUCUAUGGAUUUAUCGAUCGACUUGAUCCUUCCAUUUUUCACCUGUCACUUCAACAUUUUCCCAAAGAUAAGUUUCAGCCAAGGGCGAUUCUGCUCGAGUACUUGCCAAGUGCCGAACUACUCAACUGUGUGA